CCCCGAACAACUCCUUCGUCUUCACUCUGAACCAGCAACCCUUCCCACCGCCUUAAAAGAACUGACCACCAAACUCCACCGCCCAGCCACCGUGGAUGAGUGACCUGAAAGAUGCAAGUUCCGGCAGAACAAGUCCGGCGGAUUUGGGUCCUCACCCGAAGUCCAAAGCGAAAAUGAACAAAUUCGCUAUUCUCUGCGCAAUUUUAGCUUCCAUGUCUUCAAUCUUACUUGGUUACGAUACCGCGGUGAUGAGCGGAGCUGCAAUUUACAUCAAAGACAAUUUCAAGCUCUCGGAGGUGCAGGUAGAAAUUCUGGUCGGAAUAAUCAACCUGUACUCGCUGAUCGGCGCUGCCGCCGCCGGAAGAACUUCGGAUUUGAUUGGGCGUCGGUACACGAUGAUGUUGGCCGGGGUGAUCUUCUUCGUCGCUGCCGUGCUGAUGGGAUUCGCCCCCAACUAUGGGUUUCUGAUGUUUGGAAGAUUUGUGGCCGGAAUCGGCGUCGGAUAUGCUCUGAUGAUCGCUCCGGUGUAUACGACGGAGGUUGCUCCGACUUCUUCUCGUGGAUUUCUCACCUCGUUUCCGGAGGUGUUCAUAAAUGGUGGAGUAUUGCUAGGCUACGUUUCCAACUACGCAUUCUUCAAGCUACCCACUCACCUGGGAUGGCGAUUCAUGCUCGGAAUCGGCGUCUUCCCCUCUGCCCUUCUCAUUCUCAUCGUUCUCAUCAUGCCUGAAUCCCCUCGGUGGCUCGUCAUGCAAGGCCGCCUCGCCGACGCCACCUCCGUUCUCCGCCGUACCUCCGACUCCCCUCACGAAGCCCAACUCCGCCUCGCCGACAUCAAACAAGCUGCCGGAAUCCCUCCCGACUGCACUGACCACGUCAUCCAUCUCCCCAAACGCAGCCGUAGUGGCAAAGGCGUCUGGAAGGAUCUCUUCCUCCGCCCAACGCCGACCGUCCGCCAUAUCCUGAUCUCCGCCAUCGGCAUCCACUUCUUCCAGCAAGCCUCCGGCAUCGACGCUGUAGUCCUCUACAGUCCAAGAAUCUUCGAACACGCCGGGAUCACCUCCUCCAACCACAAGCUUCUGGCGACUAUGGCCGUUGGAUUCUCGAAAACAAUCUUCAUCUUAGUCGCGACGUUCCUCCUCGAUAGAAUCGGACGGCGGCCGCUGCUCCUAGCCAGCGUUACCGGCAAGAUAGUAUCGCUUGUAACCCUAGGGAUCGGGAUCAUGAUUGUGAACAGGAGGCGGUGGGCCGUUGGAUUGUGCAUUGCGAUGGUUUUAUCGGACGUGGGGUUUUUCUCGAUUGGAAUGGGGCCAAUCGCGUGGGUUUACAGUUCCGAGAUAUUUCCGUUGAAGCUACGCGCCCAAGGCGUGAGUGUGGGAGUGAUUGUGAACAGAUUAACCAGUGGGGUUGUUGGAAUGACGUUUAUAUCCCUCUACCAGGCCGUAACUAUCAGUGGGGCUUUUUUUCUCUUCGCCGGCGUCGCCGUCGUGUCGUGGUUGUUCUUUUACUUUGUUCUGCCCGAGACUCACGGCCGGACAUUGGAGGAGAUAGAGGGGCUUUUUGGUAAUUUUCUGUGGAAGUUUGGGAAGAAUGGAGAUGUUAACGUGGAGAAGAGUGAGGGUGAGGUUCAGUUGGGAUUAUCUAAUCCGACGGUGUAGGUUUGUCGAGAUAAAAUGUAAAAAACAGUAAAAAAGUUGGGGGAGUAAAAAGGGAAGGAUAAGAAGGUAAGUUCUCCUUUUCUUAAUACUAAAUAAUAUAUAUUUUUGAAGUACGGCUGU